GUGGUAAGCCUGGUACAUAUAUUAAUCCUAUCUUACUGUCAUCAUAGCACGACUUCAUGUCGUGUUUCCUCGAAAUUUCUAACCGACGUAUUGUAUGGGGUACUUGAGAAAUCCCUUAUGAUCAUAUGCAUACCAGAGAUUAGACCCACACAUUGCCGAACACAUAGAACUACGUGUAUACCGAUAAGAUAUCUAUAAGCUAUAUUGUCAAAGUUUUUACAUGUYCCUCAAAGCUUAUGAUUAUUUGAUUUUACUCGAUGCUUUGGUACAACUUUUCAAGAUAUUUGGACAGAUACUGCGGAGCGGUUUAGUAAGAAAUUUCAGACAGAUAUUCAUCCAUUUUGGCAACCAGUUUUAGAGACUACGAUCGAUCAAGGGCGUAUAUCAUUAUCAAUUUCUCCAAGAUACUCACUUGUUGAUGACGAGCAAAGAAAUCUUGCAAGACUAAAUACCAGCCAUUUUCAACAAGGAGGACAAGAUAUAUAUUUACGUAUAAAAAAUGGUAUUCCCCAACACGAUGCUGAUAAAGUCAGGAUAAAAUGAUGCUAGACAAUCUCUAUAUUUAUGUCUUUGUGGUUCUUUUAUGGAAGACAUCGAGCGUCAGUUCCUUAAAAUUGUUUCCUUAUGGGUUAAAUGUUGAUGAUGCCAAACUACCAAAGCAAGAUGAUAGCUCUUCGCGUGCAAUUCAACUGGAACCAGGUCUUUUGCUAUCUGGAAAACCAUAUUCAAGUUUGUAUAUCAACUCCAAUGGAGUAAUAUCAUUCAACAAGAGACUACGAACUUACCACUCAAUCGACAUAUCACAACAACAAGACAAGACAAUUAUCGCGCCUUACUGGGCCGACGUCGACACUCACAUAGGAGGAGAAGUCUGGUACCGAGUAUCUAGAGAAUCCAAGGACCUCAUUCGGGCAAAUGAAGAUAUUCUUCGAAGCUUUCAACAUUUUCUGGGUUUUAAUUCAACAUGGACGUUGAUAGUUACUUGGGAGAGAGUGGCGUAUUAUGGUAGAAGUAGUAAAUACAAUGAUUUGGCAAACACAUUCCAGGCUAUUAUAUCCACCGAUGGUCAAUCGUCAUUUGUGACAUUUCUUUACGAUCACUUGGAUUGGACGACUGGCACGUUAAAUAAUGGAGACAAGAAAGGGUUAGGUGGACACGCAGCUCAGUCUGGAAUCAUCGCUGAGUCUGUGGUCUACAAGCUGCCUUUCUCAAGAACAAAAGAUGUUGUAAGCUUAGCGGAGACCAGUAAUGUUGGCUAUUCAGGGAAAUGGGUGUUCCGACUACAUGAUGGAGUUGACAAGCUUGAAAAUGAUAUCUGUAGGACAAAAGGUUCUAUAACAUUGCAGCCAAAUAUAUUUAUUUUUAACACAUCUGGCAACAUAACCUAUCCAGAUGCGUGCCUCUGGCCUGAGCACGGCUUUGAGUGUGUUUACAAUGACACACAACGUUUUCCUGGAGAAUUCAAGGACGGUCGUGCCUUUUGCAGGGUGCCAUCAUUCGCGACGACUGGGAUUGUUACAGUCAAUAUAUCCAGGAGUGAUAAGAAUAUCAGUUUUUCUGGUGUUGUUAAGGCAGUGACAAAAAGACAAUAUGAAAUAAUAAAGAGUYCCACAACACCUCCUACGAGAAGUACGGUAUCGCAUUCCAAAGGAUCUGCGGGCUCUGGCUCAGGGGGCAGAGGUACCGGAAGUAGUAGUACGAACGGCGAUGGAAAGGGAAAUGAGGGUAACACUGGAAGCGGAAAUAAAAAUAAUAAUAACGGAAAUACAAAUAAUAAUAACGGCGAUAAUAAUAAUACUAAUGAAAAUGGCAACGGCAAUAAUAAAGGUCACAACUGGAAAGGAAGCGGAAAUGGAAACCCGAACAACAAUAAUGGGAAUGGAAACGGAAAUAAUAACAACGGAAACAAAAAUAACAACGGCAAAGGAAAUAAGAACAACGGAAACGGUAAUAACGACAACGGAAACGGAAAUAAUAACAACGGAAAUGGAAAUAACAACAACGAAGAAACCGGAAAUAACAACAAGGGAAAUGUGAAUAACAACAACAAAGGAAACGGAAAUAACGACAACAAAGGAAAAGGAAAUAGCAACAACGGAAAUGGGAAUAACAACAACAAAGGAAACGGAAAUAGCAACAACGGCAAUGGAAAUAACAACAACAAAGGAAACGGAAAUAGCAACAACGGAAAUGGAAAUAACAACAACAAAGGAAGCGGAAAUAACAACAACGGAAAUGCAAAUAACACCAACAAAGGAAGCGGAAAUAACAACAAUGGAAAUGGAAAUGACAACAAAGAAAACGGAAAUAACAACAACGGAAAUGCAAAUAACGACAAAGGAAGCGGAAAUAAUAAAAACGGAAACGAGAAUAACAACAAAGGAAGCGGAAAUAACAAUAACGGAAAUGGAAAUAACAAGAAAGAAAGCGGAAAUAAUAACAACGGAAAUGGAAAUAACAAUAAAGGAAGCGAAAAUGAGAAUAACGGAAAUGGAAACAACAACAACAAAGGAAACGGAAAUAGCAACAACGGAAAUGGAAAUAACAACAACAAAGGAAACGGAAAUAGCAACAACGGAAAUGGAAAUAACAACAAGGGAAGCGGAAACACAAACAACGGAAAUAGCAAAGGGAAUGAAUUUGGGGGUGGAAAAGGAGAUAAAAACAAUGGCAAUACGGAGAACGGGAACAAUAAUAACGAUAAUGAUAAAAAUAAAGAAGGCAAUAAAAACAGCAAGAAUGAAAACAGAAACUCCAACACGAAAAGAAACAAUCAAAACGGAGGGGAAAAUACUAACAGUAAAAACGGCGUUGAUAUUGGCAACCCGAAGGAAAUCCACGGGAAAAAAUACCCUACUACUAUUAAACCUAUAACCCGUUAUUCGCCGUGUCCAGGCGUUCAUAUUGAGAAUGGUGAACUUGUUGCAACUAGAGUGAAAGAUAGUUAUAGAGUUAAAUGUGUGCCAGGUUACCAUCUACACGGGCAAGACCGCAUCCAAUGUUACCGAGACGGAGUGUACAUGGGCACUCUUCCUGUAUGUAUAAAAAUUGCAGAUGAUUCAAGGUUUCGUCGCAUGGCCUUAAUAGCCUGGAUAGUCGUUCCUUCAGUCAUCGUACUUUUCGUAUUCUUUAUAAUUGUCCUAAUCCUUAUAUACAGAACUCACAAAUCUAGACAGCUUAGAUUAAAACAAGAAAAGAAAAAGCUCACAAAGGAUUCGGAAACAUGCGUAUAGUACAUGGAUUUGAUGCUUAGUCACUUGGAAUCUACGGCGAUAUGUGCCAGGUUAUCGAGCGAGUGAACUUGCUUCAAAACCGAAGAAGAACGCAAGAAGAUCUGUUCGCUGGAAAGAGCAAGAAGCAGAACAAGAACACAAGAAAUGAAAGGCUUGAAGCUACUGAUUGGAAUACGAAUUCACUAAGUGUAGGACACCUUUUGGAAAAAAACGUUUUCAAAAAGAGAGAUCUAACUUAACAAAGGAAUUAUCCUUAAUGUUAAAGCCGACAAAGUUUCGCGACGCAAAAAUGGUGGUUUAUAAUAUCAGCAACAAAAAUACAUUUCAUAGCUUUUACAUUCUGCUUAUUAACAUGAAAACAUUUAUAGGAUUUUCUCCAAACAAAUAACCAAAAAAAAACACAAAACAGACAGACAGACAGACAGACAGACA